AUCAAAGGGUCUCUAACCAACACUUUCGUCCGUUUCGCUCGCCACCCUUCUCUUUCGUUUUACACUCUUGGGUCUGACCUGACGAUCACCCGGUUUAUUUGUAGUUCGCUAUAGUUCGCUGUUGGUACAUAAGUUGUUAACCUUCGUUGAGAGCCGGCGAUUUGCUAAUGUAUUUAUGUGCCCUUGUAUUAACAUUUAGGCAGCUGCACGCGACAACAAAUAAUGGCGUCAGGUCUGGAGAGUUACGUGAAUCAUACUGUUUCCAUUAUCACGUCGGACGGUAGGAAUUUCAUCGGAACGCUGAAGGGUUUCGAUCAAACUAUCAAUAUAAUACUGGACGAAUCACAUGAACGAGUAUACAGUACAACGCAGGGAGUAGAGCAGGUUGUCCUGGGUUUGCACAUUAUCAGAGGAGAUAACGUGGCGAUAGUAGGAGAGUUGGACGACGAGAUGGACGCGAGAUUGGAUCUGUCGACAAUACGAGCGGACCCCUUAAGUUCGAUCAUACAUUGACGUGUGUACCUGAAGUUGCGAUUGGAAUGGCCCGUCUGCCCUCGUCCAAAUUUAAAAUAAAACACAAUCGCGAGCGUUAGAAAAAAAAAG